GACAUUAUUGCCCCCUCUUCCCUUCCCAACCCAACCCAUUGCAUUUGCAAGCCCUUUUACAUUGCAGAGCGCCAGAGCCUCGCUCGCUCUCGGAACAGAGCUAGGCAGCUAACAGACGAAGAAGAAGCAAGCCAAGCAGAAUUGAGAGAGAGGCGAGGACGUGGCGACGACGGCAGCCGCGAUGGCGACGACGACGGACCUGGGGUUCGAGGCGACGGAGCUCCGCCUGGGCCUGCCCGGCGGGGGAGGUGGAGGGGAGCCGGCGCUGGGCGGCGAGGGGAGGAGCUCUUCCUCCGCCUCCGGCAAGAGGGGCUUCGCCGAGACCAUCGACCUGAAGCUGAAGCUGGAGCCAGCGGCCGUCGUGGAGGCGGAGGAGGAGGAGGAGGACCACGGCGUUGCUGUUGCCCUUGAGAAGGAGGAGGAGGCCGGGAAGAUGAAGCGGUCCCCGAGCCAGAGCAGCGUCGCCGCCGCCGCCGCCGCCGUGCUGGCUGACCCCGCCGAGAAGCCGCGCGCCGCCAAGGCUCAGGUGGUGGGAUGGCCACCGGUCCGGUCGUUCCGGAAGAACAUCAUGUCCGUGCAGUCCGACAAGGGCGCCGCCGCCGCCAACGGCGACAAGUCCUCGCCGGCGGCAGGCGGCGGUGCCGCGUUCGUGAAGGUGAGCUUGGACGGCGCGCCCUACCUGCGCAAAGUGGACCUCAAGAUGUACAGGAGCUACCAGCAGCUGUCCAAGGCGCUCGAGAACAUGUUCAGCUCCUUCACCAUCGGAAGCUGUGGGUCUCAAGGGAUGAACGGCAUGAACGAGAGCAAGCUGGUGGAUCUGCUCAACGGCUCCGAGUACGUGCCGACCUACGAGGACAAGGACGGGGACUGGAUGCUCGUCGGCGAUGUGCCGUGGGAGAUGUUCGUCGAAUCAUGCAAGCGCCUUCGGAUCAUGAAAGGAUCAGAAGCCAUUGGCCUGGCGCCAAGGGCCAUGGAGAAAUGCAAGAACAGAAGCUGAGGAGAAGACGGACGGACGGAAGCUUGCAUCUCAGCACCACCAGGGGUGGAUGGAUGCAAGAAGAACAAAUCUCCAUGGCUUUUGCAGCUCUGCUCGUCUCUGUAUCAUACUCGUCGUCCCUGCCCUUCAGGCCUCUGUAUCUCCCUGAUCAAUGAAGUCGUUUUGGUGUGUCAACUGUUCUCUCCGUGCCCAGCUUGUCAGUGAAAGAGUCAGUCAGUGUCCAUCAAGUCUCAUCUUGUCCUAUACAGAAGAGAGAAGCCAUGCAUGAACAUGUACCUGUCCUAUAACAAUGUCUUUUUUUGCUACCUGUUUUUUUUUCUCUCUCUCUCUUUUUUUGGCACAAGAUGCAAAGGCACCCUGCUCCUGAUCAAAGGGCCUUUUGCAUCAUAAGCUGUUUGAUUAUAAUUACCAUGGUGUGUCAGUGGAACAAAUAACUGUUGCAAGGUGUUAAAAAAAAGUUGUAUUGUAAUAU